CAGAUAGGCAGUUAGCCAGAUAGCAAUGCCGCAGGUUAAUCUCAAGCUCAGUUCACACGAUCGCCAGGUGCUGGAGUCCAUCUUCAAUCCCCUGGAGCUGAGCAGCACCCAGCAGAGUGUCUCCGUGCCGUCUGAGUCGGAGCUGGCAGAUGUGGAGCCCGACACGGAGGCUGUGAGAUCUUCCAGGGAGCUGGAGCUGCAAGGGGUUCUACUAACGGAAAAGGGCAGUUUCGAUGAGGCUUUAAAGGUAUUCCAGCUGGCCCUGUACCAAGCCCAAAGAGCUUCGGUGCUGAAUAAUCGAGCGCAGACCCUACGUCUGGCCAAACGAGAUGGUGAGGCGCUUGAUGACCUUAACAAGGCUUUGGAAAUGGCCAGCGAUCAACAGAGCCGCACCAAGUGCCAUGCCCAUUGCCAGCGAGGAGUUCUAUACAGAAAAUUGGAUAAUCUGGAUGCGGCACGAUCCGACUUCGAGGCAGCCGCACAACUGGGAAGUAAAUUUGCAAGGGAGCAGCUCGUGGAAAUCAAUCCGUUCGCGGCGCUCUGCAACCAAAUGCUGCGGAAGGCCUUCGAUCAGCUGCAGUAGUGGAGGACGAGGACCCUAUCCUGGCAGCCUAGACUCUGAUUUAACUAAAAGUCAAGGGCUCGUUAGCAUAAAUAAAAAUUAAUUAAGUCCGA